CUCUUCUGUGCGCGCCAAAACUAAGUUUGAUUCAAUUGAAAGUCGUAGAAGCAGGGUGACGAGGUGAUCGAUUCCUUAGAAAAAUACGGCUAUUUAAGUGUAUUUAGUAAAUUUGAACUUUUUUAUUGUAUAAAGCCACUGUUAAAAUGAAGCCACAAAAGAUGUACGUUUUUAAACGCGAUGGCAGGAAAGAGGAAGUUCACCUCGACAAAAUUACAUCACGUAUACAGAAGCUCUGCUAUGGAUUGAAUAUGGAUUUCGUGGACCCGGUCGCAAUCACCCUAAAAGUUAUCAAUGGGUUGUAUAGUGGAGUAAAGACCCAGGAGUUGGAUAAUCUUGCAGCUGAAACUGCGGCGAUGAUGACAACGAGCCACGCAGAUUAUGCGAUACUAGCGGCCCGGUUGGCCGUCUCGAAUCUGCACAAGGAAACAAAGAAAGCAUUUUCAGAGGUCAUCAACGACAUGUAUACCAUGAUUAGUGAUGACACGAAACUUCCAACGCCAUUAAUAUCCGAUUUCCAUCAUAAAAUCAUAAUGGAAAAUGCGGAUCGCUUGAAUUCCACUAUCAUUUACGAUCGCGACUUCAAUUAUAAUUACUUUGGUUUCAAAACACUUGAACGGUCAUAUUUGCUGAAGAUCAACGGUAAAAUUGCGGAAAGGCCGCAACAUAUGUUGAUGCGUGUUGCUGUCGGGAUUCAUGGAGAGGAUAUUGAUGCUGCAAUUGAAACGUACAACUAUUUAUCGGAAAAAUACUUCACUCAUGCCUCUCCAACGCUUUUUGCAGCUGCAACGAGGCGACCCCAACUUUCCUCUUGCUUUCUGUUAACCAUGGCUUCCGAUUCAAUUGAUGGUAUUUUUGAUACUGUCACACAGUGUGCAAAGAUAUCGAAAUGUGCAGGUGGUAUUGGGGUAAACGUACACUGCAUCAGAGCGAAAGGAACAAAGAUUGCAGGUACAAAUGGUAUUUCUAAUGGGCUUGUGCCGAUGCUCCGUGUCUUCAAUAACGUGGCAAGAUAUGUCGACCAAGGCGGUAACAAGCGACCGGGGGCAUUUGCUAUUUAUCUAGAACCAUGGCACGCUGAUAUUUUUGAAUUCUUGGAUUUAAAAAAGAAUACCGGAAAAGAAGAGCACAGAGCUAGAGAUUUAUUUUAUGCAUUGUGGAUUCCUGAUUUAUUCAUGAAACGCGUGGAAGCCAAUGGAGAUUGGUCAUUAAUGUGUCCACAUCAGUGUCCGGGAUUAUUUGAUACUUGGGGCGAAGAAUUCGAAGCAUUGUACGAGAAAUACGAGAAAGAAGGUCGUGCGAAGCGAACUGUCAAAGCGCAAUCCCUAUGGUUUGCAAUCAUUGAAUCUCAAGUAGAAACCGGUACUCCGUACAUGUUAUACAAGGAUGCUUGCAAUCGAAAAAGUAAUCAACAAAAUCUGGGUACCAUUCACUGCAGUAAUCUGUGCACAGAAAUAGUAGAGUAUUCAUCGAAGGACGAGAUUGCAGUUUGUAAUCUUGCUUCUAUUGCGUUGAAUAAGUUUGUGAAUGAUGAUAGGACCUAUGAUUUCAAAAAACUGAAGGAAGUCACCAAGAUCGUAACAAGAAAUUUGAAUAAGAUUAUAGAUGUUAAUCACUACCCACUUCCAGAAGCAAAAGUGUCUAAUAUGAGACACCGGCCGAUCGGUAUUGGAGUGCAGGGACUUGCUGAUGCCUUCAUUUUGUUGCGAUAUCCCUAUGAAAGCGAUGAAGCACGACUUCUUAAUCAACAAAUUUUCGAAACGAUCUAUUACGGAGCACUGGAAUCCAGUUGUGAAAUAGCUGAAAAAGAAGGACCAUACGAAACAUAUGAAGGAUCGCCUGUGAGUAAGGGGAUUUUGCAGUAUGAUAUGUGGGAUAAAAAACCGACAGAUCUUUGGGACUGGAGUGUAUUGAAAGAGAAGAUAAAGAAACACGGAAUUCGAAAUUCUCUACUAGUUGCUCCUAUGCCUACAGCAUCAACCGCACAGAUUCUUGGUAACAAUGAAUCAUUCGAGCCGUACACUUCCAACAUUUACAACAGGCGAGUACUAUCUGGAGAAUUCCAAGUUGUCAACCAUCAUCUUCUCAAAGAUUUAACAGAGUUGGAUUUGUGGGAUGAAAAUAUGAAACAUGAGAUAAUUGCGAACCGUGGAUCUAUCCAAAAUAUUGAGCGUAUACCAAAGGAAAUUCGCGACCUAUACAAGACUGUGUGGGAAAUUUCGGUUCGAACAAGUAUUCAAAUGGCUGCAGAUCGAGGGGCUUUUAUUGAUCAAAGUCAAUCUUUCAAUAUUCACGUCGCUGAACCCAAUUACGGGAAACUUACAUCAAUUCAUUUCUAUGGUUGGAAAAUGGGCUUGAAAACGGGGAUGUAUUAUUUGCGUACGAAACCUGCAGCGAAUGCGAUUCAAUUCACUGUGGACAAAAAUCGUUUGGGAUCAUCGAAUCCAAUGACAAAUGGAAAACAGACUAGUAAUGGUACUGCAGGCAGUCCUAAGAAAACACCCACCCCCAAUGUCAGCCCUCGAAAGCCCCAGCAACAGCAAGCUCAUUAUGAUGAAAUGAACGGUUCAUCGAAUUUCGGUAUUUCUGAAGAACAAGCACUCCGAGAUCGCGAUGAUCGCGAACGAGAGCGCGAACAACAUAUGGCGGAAAUGGUAUGUUCUUUGGAAAACCGAGACGAAUGCAUGAUGUGUGGAUCAUAGGCGCAAUUAUUUAGCGACAAUUUAGCGUACAAGUAUGUGGUUUUAUACAAAGUAUUUUAAAUAUUUUUUUAAUAAAUGUAUUUUUUUAAGUAUUUUUA